AUGCUGGCUUUGCAGAAGAUUGCCAAGCACCUGAUUCUGUGCAGAAUUCAGACAGGCCUCAGCGUGGGCUCCGACUGCGCGCUUAGCGGCUGCGCGCACGGGGCACGAGCCCAGCCCCCAGUCGGGGUGAUGGUCCUUCAGAACCACAAAACACAGCACUCAGAGGGCCAGCGGCCCUGGGCUCACUUUGCCGUGAGCGGUGAGCGUCGCGUCCUCCUCCUUUGCAGCGGGGCAGGGUCGACUUGUUCUGAGGUACCCAGGUACCACAGGGCGCUGACAAUGGCUUCUGCAUGGGAGAGGAAGUGCUACUAUUCAGAUCUGGGGAAGAAAGUGGUGUUCCUUCCCAACCUCCUUCUCUGUGAGGAGUUCACGAAGGACACUGGUUACCCGCAAUCUCUUGAGGGAGUGCUGCUGCUGGCGGAUGUCUCAGGUUUCACUGCCUUGGCAGAGAAGUGUGUCCAGCAGAAUGGACCAGAGAGAGGAGCUGAGGAGCUGGCGCAUGUCCUCAACGCCUACAUGGGGGACAUUCUGGAGGUGGUGCUGGCUUUUGGAGGAGACAUCCUGAAGUUUGCAGGGGAUGCUGUGCUGGUGCUUUGGAGAGCAGCACCGCCUCAGAUGCCUAUGGCCAUCAACGUGGCGCUGCAGUGCUCCUGGAAUAUCCAGAAGAAGUACGGCACCCAUGACACGCACAUGGGUCUCAAGCUCCACCUGAAGAUAGGGAUCUCGGCCGGGAUGCUCUCCUUCAUAUCCGUCAGAGGUGGGGAUCAUCAGUACUUCUUCAUCUGCAGCCAGGCCCUGGACGAAGUUAUCGAGGCCCAAAGCCUUUCGGCUGACUAUGAAAUCAUGAUGUCACAGACCUGCUGGGAGCUGUGUGGGCAGCAACGAAUCAAGGCCGAAUCUAUUGCUGGCAGAAGUGCCGUGAAGGUUGUGAGAAUGAUGCACUUAGCUCACCAAGAAUACCAAGAUGCUGUAGGCCAGCUGAACAUGUACAGAGGGGAUUGGCAUUUGGAAGGGACGGCCCUCCAAAGGCCGGUUCUUAGGAGCUCUGGUGAUCCUGAAGUGGCAGCGAGGCUGGAGAAGCACAUAUCGACAGCAGUUCUCCACAAGCUUCGUCAGGACGUGCCACUGGAGCUGUGCUCUGAGCUACGGCCGGUCACCGCCGUCUUCGUCCGUUUGCAGUUUCCUCACACGAUCAGCGUAGCGGAGCUCAGCAGCAGCCUCAGUGAUAGCAGCAGUAUGAUUUCAGAAAUCAUCAGCCCUCACAAGGGUGAAAUCAACAAAACUCUUCUGUUUGACAAAGGCUGCACCUUUCUCUGCGUGUUUGGAUUUCCUGGAGAAAAAUUGGCCUGUGAGAGCACCCACACCUUGGAAUGUGCUAUGCAGAUCUUCCGCAAGGCCUCCACGGGGCUGAGAAAACUCCAGCAAGUUUCUGUCGGGGUCAGCAGCGGGACGGCGUUCUGCGGCCUCACUGGCCAUCCCGAGAGGUGUGAACACACAGCCCUUGGCUUUAAGGUGAAUUUGGCCGCCCGCAUGUUGAUGGCCUACCCAGGGAUGGUGUCCUGUGAUGCAGAGACCCACGCGGCCUCUCGCCUGCCCAGCUACUGCUUCAAAGAGUUGCCACAGAGAGACAUGAAAGGUGUUACCAAUCCCGUCACCACCUACCAAUACAUGGGGAUCACCGAGCACCAAAAUGACAUGGGCCUUGCCAGGGAGAGGUCGCACUACGGUCCCUUGCUGGGUCGCGAGGCGGAGAUCGAAACCUUUGAUUGCUGCUUGGAGGCCUAUGAGCUUUUGGAAGAAGCACAGAUCCUGGCAUUUGUGGGCAUUCCAGGCUCUGGAAAGAGCCACUUACUUGCCGAGCUGGCCGUUUUAGACCGGGCUACUAAGUACAAGGUCAACACUAUGGAAUUGACAGAGGACAACACGAAGCAGCCGUUCUCUGCCAUCCGUCUACUGGUGGCCAGGGCGCUGGGUCUCCAGGGUGAUGAAACCUCCAGUGACAGGCAGCGCACUCUGCAGACCCUGCUCCAAGACACAGUGGAAGAGAGCAGCUAUUGCCUGCUAAACGAUGUUUUCUCAGUUGAGUUUCCCAUCACGGACGAGGUCUCCGAGAUGUGUUCCGCUGAACGGGCCAGCGUGUUCCACCUGACUUGUACACAAGUGCUACAGAAGGUGCUUGGGGGGAAAUACGGCAUAUUUUUCAUCGACAACGCCCACUUCCUCGACACUAGGUCCUGGUCUAUCAUGUGGCCCCUGCUUCAAAGUGUCACGGUCUUUAUGGUCAUGAGCUUAGUUCCGGGCCAUGACAGAACAGAGAGCAUUCUCAAAGCUGCCGCAGACUGCAAGACAUCUGAGACGAUCACUUGUGUUCGUCUGGAAGGGCUGAAAGCUUCAGCUGUAGUGCAGAAAGCCUGCCAGGACCUUGGAGUGAGCAGCAUCCCCAGGGAGCUAGCAAGGUUCCUGAUCCAGAGAAGCGCUGGCAUCCCAUAUUACUGUGAGGAACUGCUGCGCUACCUGCGAUGCAACAACAUGCUCUUGUUGCACACUGGGAGGCCGGACGAAGGACAGGACGACUGGCAGAGCCUGAUUGCCAAGGCGUCACCUGCUGUCACCGCUGCCUCGAGCUCGGGUACCAGGAAUGACAGCGAAAGGAUCUGUACCAUCAGACCAGACGUGAGCCUGGAGAACCCCAUGCUGCCGGUGGCCUUGAAAGAGAUUGCGCUGGCUGAGCUGGAUCGGAUCAAUCUGGAGAAGCAGAUGGUUCUGAAGUUUGCAGCCGUCAUAGGGCCGGUGUUUACCACCCAGCAGCUGGUUCACAUUAUUCCCAGUAGCAAAAGGCACGGGAUUAAUUCACUGCUGGACAAGCUGGUGGAGGACAACAUCCUGAAGCAACUGGACAUCGAGAAGCCAGAAGGCAAGUGAGGUGCUACAUAGGGGCUGCCCACCUCUGGGCAGGCAAGAAGCGGGAUGAAGAGGCCCUCUGUGAGCAGGGAGACAGUGCAGCCGAAGUCUAAAAUCCUGGCCUUUUGCAGCCCUCUGCUGUGGGAGGCAACUUACAAGCUGUGGCCCACGAGGCAGAAGAUCAGCAUUCACUGUCAGUGUGCUGCCUUCCUGGAGAGGCAUGCACACAAAUGCCGGAGGUGCCACGAAGGGGACUUUGUGGCCUUCCACCGCUUUGGCAUCUCCAGCCCCCAGGAGCAGGGGAGCUGCCAGGGCUCUGCUGAGAAGGACAACUGGAGCAGCUGGGAGGCCUUGGUAGUUGCUGGAGAACACCUGCGGAGGGCUAGGACCCUCCCUGCAGAGGGGAUUCUGGCAGAAGGCGAGCACACAACGCUGCGGGCCAAGGACAGUGGCCAGUGCUGCCAGUGUGAAGCCAUCGCCGAAGCCGUGCUUGUGCCCCUGGCUCGCCACUACACAGCCAUGGGCAAUGCUUCCCAGGCCUUCUACUACCUGCUGGAGUCUGCGGCUGCCUACCUGCACGUCUCCAACAGCUCCAUGGCCUUCAUGAAGCUGAAUGAAGCGGAGGUCCUGAGGAGCUCCCUAGAGAAAAAAAGGAAUGCCGUAGACCGCUUUGAGGAGGCCAUCUUCUUCAGCCUCAAAGGAGAGGUAAAGAGGCAGUGGAAGGGUGUCCAGAGGCAUGCAGCCAGAUGCUUUCCCUGCUGGCAGGGAAUACUCCUGCCACAGCCAGUCCCUGGUCCAUUUCUGCAGACUCGGCAGGACUUGGGCAAGUCCUCUGCAUCUGCAUGCCUCCCUCUUCCUGUGCAGGUCUGCAGGAGCAUGGGAUGUGUCAAGCUGGCCAGGAAAAUGAGCAGGCAGGCGCUAAGCCUGCUGGAAAAGCGUUUCCCCCAGAGCCGUGCUGGGGCCUUUGUCAAGUCUCUGUGGGAAAGGUUGCAGCAGAUUUCUCAGGCCACAGGCAGAGCGUCCUUCCUUCCGCAGGAGGCUCGGAGGAAGAAACAAGCCUGGCUGCUUCACCGGAGCAGAUGCCUCUCCUUGCUCCAGGACCUCUACAGCCAGGAGGGCACAUCUGCUGGACAGAGAUUCUCCCGCCUGGCAGCACUCAUGAAGGCUAACACGGACAGGAAGAUGCACUCCUACCAGGCAGCAGACGCCAACGCUGGACAACUUUGAAUCACAGAAUCACAGAAUUGUAGGGGUUGGAAGGGACCUCCAGGGAUCAUCGAGUCCAACCCCCCUGCCAAAGCAGGUUCCCUACAGCAGGUCGCACAGGUAGGCAUCCAGGCAGG